GAAACUUUCGUGCCUGCAACCAACGAUGAUGACAUCCUUCUCCAACUGCACCUUCUUGUUGUUCGCUGUUGUUGUGGUUGCGGUAGCUGCGUGUGUCAGCACUUGUGCAGCUGCCACCACUGCCACGGCAGGCACAGCUGUGAGCCACCACUGGGUGUUCCAGACCAACGCCUCCAUUGUUUAUUCACACAUGUCCAUGAUCGAGGCCCUGCCAGACGGAACGCUGGUGGCUGCGUUUCAGGGCUCCUCGCUCUCGGAAGGCUGCAAUGACCAGGCCAUCUUCUUCACGUCCUCAAAGGAUGGCGGCGUGACGUGGGCACCCGCCGUGGUGGCCCAGAAUGAUACGCUGGCGUUGUGGGGACCCGUGUUGCGCUUUGACAAGGCAACCAACAAGCUGUGGCUGUUCUUCUCUGCAUCCACCAAGUACCAGAACCGCGACAAGCCAGGCUGCGGUUCCUUCAAGCGCUCCUAUCCCGGCGGAGAAGUCCGAUACGUGACGUCGACCGACGGCGGCGCAACCUGGACCAACCCCGUCGUUAUUCUCCCGUUUGAGGCUCGCGGGCAAGUGAGCAAGGUGACCGCGAACCACAUGAUCAUUACCGCAACUGGCCGCUGGAUGCUUCCGUUUUGGCAGGAGCCCCGGACUGUGUAUGACAAGGGUCUGAGUGCAUCAGGUGUGCUCGUUUCGGAUGACAACGGCACAACAUGGACCACACGCGGCAGCAUUCACAACAACAGCACGUGGCUGAUUGAGAACACCCUGCACCAAUUUCAGGACAGCUCUUUGAUCCAGCUGUUCCGAACACAAGCCGGGUAUAUCUAUGAGAGCUGGAGCACCGAUAAUGGCAACACGUGGACCACCGCUAUGCCCUCGUCGCUGCUCAACCCAAACUCAAAGGUGUGCUUAACGCGUGGCUCUGUCAACGGCAGCGCCAUCCUCGCUUACAACCCGUCCAAGACGGCGCGCACACCGCUCGUCCUUGCUCAGUCCUCGCUCACGGGCCACACGUGGACCACCACCGCCAGCCUCGACAACGAUCCAAACAUGUCCUUCGAAUAUCCGACACCGCUGCUGCACGCUGGGCGCGUCUUCACCACGUACUCCGCCAACUCGUCAAAGGGCAUCAAGCUCGCCAUCUCUCCAAUCUCCUCUUAG